AUGCAGAAGUUCUCGAGGCUCGGCCGCCUCGGCCAGAGCCUUGCUUCGCGCAGGCAAUUGGCCACCGUCAGCGAUGCUCCCCUCUCUCGCAAGGUCGAGAUGACCAACUGGGAGAAGGGCCACUACAUCAACUACCAGAAGAUGAACGAGAACCUCGAGAUUGUUCGUGCCCGCUUGAACCGCCCGCUCACCUUCGCCGAGAAGAUUCUCUACUCCCACUUGGACGACCCCCACGGUCAAGAGAUUGAGCGCGGCUCCAGCUACCUCAAGCUCCGCCCCGACCGUGUAGCUUGCCAGGAUGCCACCGCCCAGAUGGCCAUUCUUCAGUUCAUGUCAGCUGGUCUGCCCUCCGUUGCCACACCCACUACCGUCCACUGCGACCAUCUUAUCGAGGCCCAGGUUGGUGGUGAGAAGGAUUUGGAGCGCGCCAACGAGAUCAACAAGGAGGUCUACAACUUCUUGUCCACCUCUUGCGCAAAGUACAACAUUGGUUUCUGGAAGCCCGGCUCUGGUAUCAUUCACCAGAUCGUGCUUGAGAACUACGCUUUCCCUGGUGCUCUCCUCAUUGGUACCGACUCGCACACUCCCAACGCCGGUGGUCUCGGUAUGGCCGCCAUUGGUGUCGGUGGUGCUGACGCUGUCGAUGUCAUGGCUGGUCUUCCCUGGGAACUGAAGGCUCCCAAGGUCAUUGGUGUUAAGCUUACUGGCAAGCUCUCCGGCUGGACUGCUCCCAAGGACAUUAUCCUCAAGGUCGCUGGUAUCCUCACCGUCAAGGGUGGAACUGGUGCUAUCGUCGAAUACCACGGACCCGGUACCGAGAGUCUAUCCUGCACCGGAAUGGCUACAAUCUGCAACAUGGGUGCUGAGAUUGGUGCCACCACCUCGCUCUUCCCCUUCAACGACCGCAUGUACGACUACCUUGCCGCCACUAAGCGCCGCGACAUUGGUGACUUCUCCCGCGAAUACGCCGCCCAGCUCCGCGAGGAUGAGGGUGCCGAAUACGACGAGCUUAUCGAGAUCAACCUUGACGAGCUCGAGCCCCACAUCAACGGUCCCUUCACCCCCGAUCUAGCUACACCCAUCAGCAAGUUCAAGGAGGCUGUCAAGGCCAACAAGUGGCCUGAGGACCUCAAGGUCGGUCUUAUCGGUUCUUGCACCAACUCCUCGUACGAGGACAUGAGCCGUGCUGCCUCCAUUGCUGAGGACGCCAUGUCCCACGGCGUCAAGGCGAAGUCUCUUUUCACUGUUACCCCUGGUUCCGAGCAGAUUCGCGCCACCAUCGAGCGCGACGGUCAGCUCAAGACCUUCGAGGAGUUCGGCGGUAUGGUCCUCGCUAACGCAUGUGGCCCUUGCAUUGGUCAAUGGGAUCGCCGCGAUGUCAAGAAGGGCGAGGCUAACUCAAUCAUCUCUUCUUACAACCGUAACUUCACUGGCCGUAACGACGCCAACCCCGCCACCCACUCUUUCGUCACUUCCCCCGACCUUGUCGUCGCCAUGACCAUUGCUGGAACCUUGAACUUCAAUCCUUUGGUAGAUGAGCUCGAGGGAGCGGAUGGCAAGAAGUUCAAGCUCAAGGAGCCUUCCGGCAUGGGUCUUCCCGCCAACGGCUACGACCCAGGCCAGGAUACGUACCAGGCGCCACCCGAGGAUCGCUCAUCCGUCUCCGUCGCCGUUUCGCCCACCUCCGACCGUCUCCAACUUCUUGAGCCUUUCUCCGCCUGGAACGGCGAAGAUGCGAAGAAUCUCCCUAUCCUUAUUAAGUGCCAAGGAAAGACUACCACCGAUCACAUCUCCAUGGCCGGUCCCUGGUUGAAGUACCGUGGACACUUGGACAACAUCUCCAACAACAUGUUGAUCGGUGCCAUCAACGCUGAGAACGGCGAGGCCAACAAGGUCAAGAACCUUCUCGACGGAUCUUACGGUGCCGUCCCUGAUGUCGCCCGAAACUACAAGAAGAACGGCGUCCCAUGGGUUGUCAUUGGUGACUGGAACUACGGAGAAGGCUCUUCCCGUGAGCAUGCUGCGCUUGAGCCCAGGCACUUGGGUGGCGCUGCCAUCAUCACCCGCUCCUUCGCUCGUAUCCACGAGACCAACUUGAAGAAGCAGGGUAUGCUUCCCCUUACCUUCUCGGACCCUGCCGACUACGACAAGAUCGGUCCCAAUGAUCGUGUGACCUUGGCCUCCACUGAGCUCGCCCCGGGCAAGCCCCUGACCAUGACUGUCCACCCCGCCGAUGGAUCCAAGGAGUUCCAGGUCAAGCUCUCGCACACCUUCAACGAGGGCCAGAUCGAGUGGUUCAAGAACGGCAGCGCUCUUAACACCAUGGCUAAGAACGCCAAGCAGUAG